AUGGAUGAUCAAGAUAUGCAUCGAGCAUAUGAUAAUGUUCGGAAAAAUCGAAAGUUACUGAGUAUAAAGACUCAUACAGAUAAUCCUAUCUUCGUUAAUGAAGAACGGGUACAUUUAAAUGUAUUAGUUUUAUUAGCUGAAGAAGAGGUAGAUAAAGUAAUUUUAGCACACUACAAUGCACGCUUCGGUUGUGGUGCUCGAGUUUUACAUCAUCAUUUAAGUAAGAUAAGUUUAUCAGUUAUACGAGUGCCUUUUGCAAGGUUAUUGACCUAUUUAGGUCAAAUAUACAACAAGGUAUCGGAAGCACGAAUUGCAAAAGUAAUCAAAGAAAAUGAUGAACGUGGUCGAAUGCGCCCAGUUUUUUCAAAUAAAGGUCCAAGCAAGCUUAUACAAGCGAAACAAGUAUUCGAACGCCUACAGGUCGAUCUAGUUGAUCUUUCCCGUCGGCCUGUUACGGAAAAUGGUAUUGAAUAUCGUUAUGUGCUUGUGGUCGUCGAUAUUUUCUCAAGAUAUUUAUUUCUACGUCCAUUGACCAGUAAAAGUUCAGCUGAAGUGACGAAUCAUCUGGAACAUAUUUUUCGUGAACAUGGAGUGCCAUGUAUUAUACAAACUGAUCAAGGAACUGAGUUUCAAGGCGUAUUCGAUGAACUAUGUAGCAAAAGAAAUAUUAGACAUUUACGAUCACGUGCGUAUCAUCCUGAAUCCCAAGGAAAAGUCGAACGUUUAAAUCGUUCUUGGAAGAAUAAAAUGUUUUAUGAUGUUCUAAUUAAUGGCAACACCGACUGGGUCACUAAUCUAUCUUCAUACUCCGAAUAG